UAAACUGUAUGURUAGCUGUUUCUCCUGGGYGGUGGCGGCGUUCCUGCCUGGCAUCCCGGGUUUCAUUUGGAAGCGGCUCCGGCAGAGGCUGCCCGAAUUGGAAGCGUUCUGAAGGGCACUGGGGAGCAGGAGCAUCUGCACGGGAGCAAGCCUUGAGUAGUGCUUGGUUKUGCCCUCUGGAGUGCUCCCUCAGAGAGCGGCGAUGAUCACAUUCAUGAACAAUUCGGACAGUGAGGAGGAGCCCUGCAAUGAGAGAACAUCCCUGAUGUCUGCAGAGAGCCCUCCAGUCCCUUCCUACCAGGAUGGCCUGCAAGCCUCAGAAGCAGCGGAAGCACAGGCACAUCGGAAGAGACGAGCAGGCAGCAGCUGUGGCCCGAACAAURUCGCUGCUGGAGAAAGGUCUGGCUCGAGUGUUCCUGUGAGAGAAAUUGCUCUGGAAAAUGAAGAAGAGGAACUGACUCUGAAAUAUGGAGCAAAGCAUGUAAUCAUGCUCUUUGUGCCUGUCACCCUUUGUAUGAUUGUUGUCGUCGCCACCAUAAAGUCAGUGCGCUUCUAUACGGAGAAAAACGGGCAGCUGAUCUACACCCCUUUCAGUGAGGACACCCCAUCUGUGGGCCAGCGUCUCUUGAACUCGGUGCUGAACACCAUCAUAAUGAUCAGUGUCAUCAUUGUAAUGACCGUGUUCCUAGUGCUGCUCUAUAAAUAUCGCUGCUACAAGUUCAUCCAUGGCUGGCUGAUCCUGUCCUCCUUGAUGCUGCUCUUCCUCUUUACCUACAUAUACCUCGGUGAAGURUUGAAGACGUACAAUGUGGCCAUGGAUUACCCCACUCUGUUCAUAGUCAUCUGGAAUUUUGGAGCUGUUGGAAUGAUUUGCAUCCACUGGAAAGGUCCCUUGCAGCUCCAGCAAGCUUAUCUCAUUAUGAUCAGUGCUCUAAUGGCAUUGGUGUUCAUUAAAUAUCUACCUGAGUGGUCAGCAUGGGUGAUUCUAGGUGCAAUCUCCAUCUAUGAUCUGAUGGCUGUUCUCUGUCCCAAGGGGCCACUGAGAAUGCUGGUAGAAACUGCACAGGAGAGAAAUGAGCCCAUUUUCCCUGCAUUAAUAUAUUCCUCUGCUAUGAUGUGGACAGUUGGAAUGGCAAAGCCAGACACAGCAGCAAGAGGACCAAGUCAGCAGACAUGGGAUGCAGCUGAGGAUGGGAGAGAACACCUCCAGAGCCCUUCACAUGCAGAGUCUCAGAUGUCAGAGAGGAGGAGUCCUGUUCCAAGCCGCCCAAUCACUUCUUUAGAGGAGCUUGAGGAGGAGGAAAGAGGUGUGAAGCUGGGCCUUGGAGACUUCAUAUUUUACAGCGUGCUUGUUGGGAAAGCAGCUGCCACGGCUAGUGGAGACUGGAAUACUACACUGGCCUGCUUUGUAGCCAUUCUCAUAGGUUUAUGCCUAACACUUUUACUACUGGCUGUUUUUAAGAAAGCACUGCCUGCUCUUCCUAUCUCCAUCACCUUUGGCUUGAUCUUCUACUUCUCGACAGACAACCUUGUGCGACCGUUCAUGGACACCCUGGCCUCCCACCAGCUGUAUAUUUAGAAGAAGUGGGAGUUAGAGGAUUCUUUUUCAAGCUUUGCUGUGAAGUAUGGUACAAUGUUUGGAAUAGAUUAUAAAGUUUUUACACUUAGUGCCAUAUAUUUGUAAGGAAAACACUAAUUCUGUGACAUGCUGUGUACUAAAAAUCUAAUAGUUAUAUGUUGAACUGAGAUUUUUCACAGGACUCUUGGUGAAAAGCCUGGCUCCUUGCUGAUGUCAGAGUGUUACUCUUACCUUAUUCGAUGUGCACAGUGGCUGUUGCAAGCACAGAAACUUGCAAGUGACAGGGAACAUUGGAGAGGUGAGGGGUCUGAUCUUUCAGGAGCUAAGGUGUUUUAGCCCUGGAAUUGCAGUUAACUUUAACAGUACUCUAGAAUUUCUAAGUCUUCACAUCUUUGCAGUGUUGUGCAAACACAAGGUGCAAGUGAUUGGARUAGCACAGCAGGCAGCAUGCACAGAGCAGUACAUGAGUGUUAGAGAAGUGAGGCUGAGCUUCCUAYGCUGGCUGCUGUGCACACAGCAUCUGUUGAAAUUGCCCCAAAGGCCUCUUUAUUCUGACCUUAGUUAGCCAUAGUGAGCUAUGAGAGAUCUAGAUAGGAUGUUGGGAUGCUUGGGAUAGGAUGGCUUGUUGCUUGUUGGGAUAGGAUGUUGGGAUCUAGAUAGUGGUGGGAUGCUUGAACAUGGGGCUCCUGGCUCUGAUCACAUUCCCCACUGCAGCAAGAAGCUGAUGAAGGCAGGGCUGCUCCUUCCAGUGCAUCAGAUCCUCAGCAUGCAARAACAGAUACUGCUCUCUCCUCCCAGUGUUGUAGUUUUUUGGAAAUAUUUUUCUGGGUCCAUACUACAAUCUUGAAAUGACCCUAAGGUGAAACCGACUGAACAACUCCAGUAAAUYAGACCUGUAACUUACUGUGUGUGUUUCUGGUCUCAUUUCUGUGYAUUGCUGUAACUACUCUAAAGGAGGAUUUACCUUCCCUUUAUGAAGAGGUCCUCUCUUACACUGACUGAGACUUGGUUUACCUAGGUUUUUGUACUGUUAAAAGAUUAUUUUUUUAAUUAUGAAUUUUAAAAUAGCUAUUUACUGUCAAAGGGACUCUUUUGGUAAUACUCAGUCAUAGUUUGUAUCAAAAUAUUAAGGUGCAAACUUUCGUCUGUUACAUUACUUCUAGGAAUAGCUCCACACACUCAAGUGAGUUCAUUAGGAAAAUCACAGUGCUUGAUGUCAGUAAAAAAUAUAUAGGACAGACUGAACCUUUAUGUUUUCUUCACCUUUGAAAAUAAUUUUAUUUCUAUUGUUUUGAGUCAGUUUUUCAAUAGUAGCCAAAGUUCUGUGAUUUUUUUUUUUUUUUGCGUCUUACUCAGAUAAGCUCAGUUUUCUUUGACAGCUGAUCAGUGUCAAUAAAUGUAACGUUAUGCGAGAUUUUGUGAAUACUGAAAGACACAGAAUUUAAUUUCUGGAAAUACUGKUUAGCUAAGGCUUUGAAUUACACAUUUUUAAUGCAGUGCUUUUUCCAGCAGAGCUGUUCAAACUCAUCUGCUUUGAUAUUUAACGAGGACAUGAUGCAGGUGAUUCAGACUAAUUUGUAAAAAUUGCAUAAAGGUUUUUAUGAGGUGUGUGUGUGUGCGGUGUGUGUGUGUGUGUGUGUGAGUCUGGACAAGACAAUAAUUCUUGCUCUUUGUUAGUUUUCCAUCCUCAUUUCUCACAUUUGUAUGUAACAGCUGCAGACAGAGUUAACUAUUACUAAAAGGUAUUUCCUUUGGAAAUGUAAAUCAGUAGAGCUUUGUUUGCUGAUCUUUAUGGUUUAUGUGAGAGUUGCUUUUUCUAUUUGUUUGUGUUUGUUCCUUUUAACUAAAAUGGUUAUGGGACCAAAUUGGACUUAGAAUCACUGGCAAACAUGAUUUUACUUUUUGCAUUGCGUGGUGUAGAGAGGAUGUGAAUUAUUUGUAUAUCCUGAAAGAAGAAUCCUGCUUGGCUUAUCAGGGUUGUAGCAUAUUGUUAAAAACUAUUCUAUGAAAGCAGAAYUGACACUUGAAGGAAACUGGGAGGGGAACCUUCACAUAUUGAAGGGUCACCACUGGUUUUCUGCAGAUACCUGCUUGCCAAAGACUGGCCUUCCACUGAGUAAUUCUGCAGAACUUAGAAAAAUUGUAAUUUAAAACUGAGCAAGAGAUUCUGUCAGUGCAACAGAAUGUAUUGUCCUGGUGAGUGAUAGGAGUGUAUCAUGGACAUACCGGAGUGGUUAUAAUUGUGUAAAAGUUCAUAUGUAUUUACUACAAAUAUAUAUGUGUUUGUGUGUGCACAUACACACAGACAUGCAAAUUUUAAAAUUACACGGAGUG